GGACCAGUAGGUACCUUUAUAUGGCUCUGCGUUGGACAAGCUUCUUGCGUAAAGGUUUGACGUCAUAGAUGGUCAACAUUCGGUCGUCUUUAUGAUGAGGGUUCGCAUAAAGUUCUACGGAAAUAUGCAUCCGAACAUUACUCUGAACCCCAGUAGAAGCGUCAAACACUGUUCAGUCUCUUUGGAAAAACCAACUGCUGAAAUUUCCUGAUAUCCUGAAUAAGUAGAUCCACAUUGUGGAUGCCAUAAGGGCUCCAUUCCCUGUCUGAGCACCUGAGCUGAGCCCCCAGCCAGGUCCCAGGACAAUGGGGAACACAGUCAGCUGCUGCUUUCGUGCCAAUCCCGGUGACCGUCAGGAGGAGGGACAGCGGCUGCAAAAUGUGGGCAUCAAGCAUGAAGUGGCACCUCGUCGGGCAGCAGAUUCUGCGGUGGAAAAGAGCAUUCUCCUAUAUCAACAAGAGGUAGCUGCAGGACUGGUGCCAGAGGAUUUGGCAGAUACCACCAAGAUUGUGGCCUCUAAAUAUCUCGAUGAGGUGACUCUUAAUCUUGAUGUGCCCCUUGCAAAGCUUUGCACAAAGGCUGUUUUUAUGGAGAAGCCUGAGACCCUGGGCUGCUCAGUCAAUGUAGAGGCUCCGAAUGUUUCAGUUGAAAUAACAGAAACUACUCUGCCGAUGACACCUGUGAGGGAGGAAGUAUUUAAUACCAACCUUCCAGUGGAGCAUGUAAUAGAGGAGGCUUCCUCGAAGAUGGUAAAUAUCAGUCUUACUGACAUUGUGCAAGCUAACAAUGACAAAAAUAGGACUCUAAAGGAUUUUAACCUCAGAGAGGAGCUCUGCAGUGGUGACAACAUGAACAGCAGCCUCCCCUCAGCUACAGCUGAAAAAGAUGUACAGGCUGAGAUUAGAGGCUCUGCUGCUAAAGGCCUGAGCUCUGAGUCUUUACUGAGUGACCUGUUGGAGGGACAAGAGACCCCAGAGAGAUCCCAGAUUCCCGAACAGGAUAAGUUAGCAGUGGAAGCAAAGAGUGAGCCUCUCGGCUACUCUGACACGAUGCCUGGAUCUACACCUCUGAUGACACCAUCAGUGAAGAAGGCAGCAUCUGCUGAACCUCAGCAGCAUCUUGUGAGAUCAAAUUGUUCCCUUGCAGAGGAAUCAGCCAGAUGCAUUUCUAUUGGAUUUGACAUCGCCCAUCCAGGAGACCAUUCAAAAGAGGAGGCUUCCUCUGAGAUGGUAAACACUACCAAAGGCUUAAUGAUAACAUCUAUGCAACCAUCUACCAAGGAUGAGGAUGGAGUCGACUAUGAUGACAUUAUCUUGCAUGGCGGUAUAUCGACCGAGGAGACUGUUGAUGAUGCAAUGCUUCCCCAAGAGGACCUUGCCACCAAUACACCAGCUGUAAAGCUGGAGGACCGGCUGGUUCAGAAUCCCUCGGCUGAGGGCGUGGUGAAUAAGGCUCCAAAGGGGUUUUCUCUGGACAUGUGUGGACACCAGUCACUGCUAGACUCCUCCAAAGCCCUGGAUGAUGAACAGGAUGUCCCUCUGCAUAGCAGUGAGGAUGAGCGGCUGCUCACCUCCGCCAUGCUUGGCACAGGUUUCCCCUUCAUAAAUGCUAAGCUUGCUGAGGCUAUCUCGCAGCAUAGGAGUGAUAGUGGUCACUCGAUCAGCAUGGAGGGACAGCCACCCGUUAGUGGCCUUGAUCUCAACUCUGUUCCCACUGAUGCUUGUGCAAGAGGCUGUGCUGCAGCCUCUGCUGCCCAAGAUGUGGUGUUUGGCCUGAGCACUAAGUCUUCACUGGGCAACCUGUUGGAGGGGCUAGAUACUCCGAAGAGAUCCCAGAAAAAGCAAGGCGUGAAGGCAAAGAGUGUACCCCUUACAAAGUUGCUUGCUGAACUUGCUGAACUUCAGAAGGUUGUGGUGAGCUCAACUGGUUCCAUUGACGGAGGGCUGGCUGUAAAUCUCCAGGAUGAGAGACCUGGAAGUGCUGGCAGGUGGAGCCCAGUGUCAGAUGGGAGUGAGGCUUGGUUUACUUGUGGCGAAGAUCUCUAUUAUAGUGAGGAGGAGAUUGAGGAAGAGCUGGCGAGGCAAAGUGUCAUGGAAAUGACUGUUCCAGAACAGGACCGAUGCAGCUUUGAGCCGCCCGUUGGCAUUUUAAUUCACAGCGAGAGGGAAUGGAAAGAGCAGACCACCGAAAGCAUAAUCAUUAGAAACGGCUACGCUGUGCUCUCCCAGAGCUUUGGAUUCGUCCGGCGGGUAAGGGAAGACAACUACUGUGCCCUGCGAGCCUCCCUGUACCAGACACUGAUGAGCUCUGCCCAACUUCCUAACUGGCUCCAGCGGGAGAGUUUCUUAUUGAUCCCUGAUGAGCUUGAGACUCGUUACAGUCUGAUUAAAGGCUGGUUGUUUCCUGACGUUUGCAAGCAGACAAGUGGGAUCAAAGAUGAUGUGGAUCUUAUGAAACACUAUCUAAGCCUUCUCCGGAAAUGGUGGCACGCGGCGGCAGCCUCUCCUGGGCUCGAGGGUCGCAGACGUGUGUGUGAGCAGCUCUUCCAAGGCGGAGAAGACGAGUUUGGUGUCAUGGAGGCACUCAAGCUCCUGAUGCUAGCCUGUGCCGUGGAAUUGCACGCCGCCAUGGAGAGGGGCAAAGACGUGCCAAUCUUCUGCUGGCUGCUAUUCUCCCGCUACACCUCCUCGUGCCCGCGCACGUUCCUGGCCAACCACCUGAGCCAGGUUGGCUUCAGUGGAGGCAUGGAGCAGGUGGAGAUGUGUCUCCUGGGUUACACACUGCACCACACCAUCAAGGUUUACCGCCUUUACAUGGCCAACAUGGCGGACUUCAUUAUCACUCAUUACCCGGAUGAUCACAUUCAGGACUGGCCCUCUGUCUGCCUGGUAACCGAGGAUGGCCGACAUUAUAACGUGGCAGUUGGCGAACCCGCCUGUCCUCAGGAGGACCUUUCCAGAGGACCUCACUGAUUGAUUGUUGACCCAAGUGACCAAGGUCCAAUCAUGGCCAAUUCAGGAUACUAUUUUACACCAUUCAUGUUACUUCAAUACAUUAUUUUCUCAGCAUUAUA